UUCUUCUUCCUCUUCACGCCGCCUCUCCUUCUCACCUUACCUACACCCAUUUCCCACUCCUCUUCUCCCUUCUUCUUAUUUCUUUUGUUGUACCAUAACACAAACAUUCCCAAUUCAUUCCCACCACUCUUCCCACUCAUACACACUGUUUAUUUCCUUCUCUAAUCUCCCUUUUUCACUCUCAUUCUUCCUUUUCUCAUCUGGGUCUCGCUUCUCUUUCCAUAAUCUCAACUGGGUCAUUUAAAGAGCUCUCUCGUGUAUAAAAUAGAAAAAUGGACAGUAAACUGACAAAUGAUCUUGAGAGGCUUUAUGGUGAGAAUCCGAUAGUUGCUCGUGAGAAUGUACGUACUGAGGAAUCAGUUCAUCCGAGAAUGACUUCGAUGGUUGCAGAUUCCUGUAAGGGCUCGUCUUUGGAGAACGGAAAGGUCAUGAUGAAUGAGCUUCAGCAAUCAACAGCUCAAUUUCGGACGGGGGAAAGUAACCGGGCGAUCAGAGACCACCGGUCAUUGACAUCUGCAGUCGAGAAAUUAAGUUUGGGUGCGGAGAGGUCGGGGAAAACUUGGUUGAAGAAUGAUCAAUUUGAAAACUAUAUGAAUAAGCAAUCAUUCAUUUCUGAAGCACCAAUGGUAGCUGAUCCUUCUUUGAGGUCUUCACAUCAUUUGAACAAUGGCUAUUAUGAUAUUCAUAUGAAAGUUCAUAGCCCUCAGAUAUCAAUCCCACCAAGGCCUGUUUCUGAUGGCCUUCAGCCAUUUGAAACUCCUUCCCCUGUUAUGCCAUCGACUCAUGAAAUGCCUGCGAUGCCAUUUCCUAUAUCGUCUCAUCUCGAGAAAAUGUUGCCGAGUGGUCUAUCCCCUAUGCAUUUUAUGCAUCCACAACAAAUGAAUCAUGGCCAAAUGGGUUCGAAUUGUACAAAAGAAGAGCUUGUCAACUCCGGCAUGAUGCAAGGGCAGCACCAGUACCUUCAUGAUCUUCAUAAUCAGCAACUGGAGUAUUCAAAUCAAUUCGAGUCGUUUGGUAACGCUACAUUCGGGAAGUUGCGGUUUCUGAGAAGUCCUAAGAAGAAAUGUUGUUUUGAGUAUCCAGUUUCCCACAAUCUUGAGCAGUCUAAACAUGAUGGAUUCUCCAAUGGGGCUGCAAAUUACGCGGGUUCAGGUAUAUCAAAUCAUGUUUUUUCGACACCGUAUGUAGAUACAUUAGACGGCCAGGAUAAAAGUUUCAAGCAAUGUUCUCCUAGAAAGAUCCCCAUUAUGACUCAUGGACUGAAUGUAGUUGAUUGUAUGAAAGUUCCAUCUGUCGAUGCCGAGAAACAAAAAUAUUUUAUGCGCCAAAACAGAUAUCUUUGUCAAAGUUGUUAUUUUAGGCAGUUCGGUUUUCCUUCGACCGCUACGGAUUGCGUCUGUCAUGAGAACUUAAGGGUAUCUGCUAUGUUGUCUAGUUAUGCAAAACAUAAGACCGAGAUACCGCCUCUACAAUGUAACUCUCUCGAUGAAGCCACGGGUAAAAUAUAUCUCAUGGCUAAAGACCAACACGGUUGUCGUUUCUUGCAACGAAUGUUCAGUGAGGGUACUAAGGAAGAUAUCGACAUGAUUUUCAAUGAAAUCAUUCAACAUGUUUCUGAGCUCAUGAUAGAUCCUUUUGGAAACUAUUUAAUACAGAAGCUCCUUGGAGUUUGUGAUGAGGAUCAACGUCUUCAAAUUCUUUACCAGGUUAACCGACCCGGUGAACUCAUUCGAAUUUCGUGUAAUAUGCACGGGACUCGUGCUGUUCAGAAGCUUAUUGAGACCCUCAAAACCCCAGAGCAGUUUUCCAUGAUUGUCUCCUUAUUGAAGCCUGGGAUAGUGAUUCUCAUGAAAAACAUUAAUGGUAACCAUGUAGCACAGCAUUGCUUGCAGUUUUUGGUGUCUGAAUAUAUUGAGUUCCUUUUCGAUGCUGCAACGAAAUGUUGUGCCGAGGUUGCCACUGAUCGACAUGGUUGUUGUGUGCUUCAAAAAUGCCUUUCUUGUUCUGAUCAUAGACAACGAGAUCGAUUGUUAACCGCGGUUGUAUGUAAUGCUUUAUUUCUUUCCCAAGACCAAUACGGGAACUAUGUUGUGCAAUUUGCGUUCGACCUUGCGCGUAAUCCUACUGCAAUUCCUUGGGUGAUAUCUGGUAUCUUGAAACGUUUAGAGGGCCAUUUUGCGGACUUGUCGAUUCAGAAAUAUAGCAGUAAUGUUGUCGAAAAAUGUGCUUCUAUUGGAGAGGAAUAUCUGACGAAAAUUAUCGAUGAGUUGAUAAACGACGAACGAUUCAGUCAAAUUAUGCUUAACCCAUAUGGAAACUACGCAGUUCAAGCAGUGUUGGCUCAUUCUGGGAUUUGCAAAGGUUCUUCUCUUCAUGCUAAUCUUGUGGCUGCAAUCAGACCGCACGUCCCGUUGCUUAGGACGAACAUGUACGGGAAGAAAGUGCUCGGAAUGCUCGGAAAAGUGAACUGGAGCUUAGCUGCAAGUGUUCAACUAGUCUUUCUCCUCAAGUCACUUGUUAUUUUGUUCUCUUGUUCUCUUGUUCUUUUGUUUGUUAAGGAGCUUAGGCCAUUAACCAUGGCUGCAAAACUAGCACUUGAUUUUGUGAUAGUAAUGUUUCGAAACCGAGCGCUUGGUUUUGCAUUGGAACGAUGCAGGAACUAUGUUGUGCAAUAUGAGUCUACUUUUGAUCUUGAUAAUGUUCAUGGACUCCGUUCCCUGUUGUUUUGCAGCAUUUUGGAACUAGCGCUUGAUUUUGUGAUAGUAAUGUUUCGAAACCGAGCACUUGAUUUUGCAUUGGAACGAUGUAGGAACUAUGUUGUGCAAUUUGCGUUCGACCUUGCGCGUAAUCCUACUGCAAUUCCUUGGGUGAUAUCUGGUAUCUUGAAACGUUUAGAGGGCCAUUUUGCGGACUUGUCGAUUCAGAAAUAUAGCAGUAAUGUUGUCGAAAAAUGUGCUUCUAUUGGAGAGGAAUAUCUGACGAAAAUUAUCGAUGAGUUGAUAAACGACGAACGAUUCAGUCAAAUUAUGCUUAACCCAUAUGGAAACUACGCAGUUCAAGCAGUGUUGGCUCAUUCUGGGAUUUGCAAAGGUUCUUCUCUUCAUGCUAAUCUUGUGGCUGCAAUCAGACCGCACGUCCCGUUGCUUAGGACGAACAUGUACGGGAAGAAAGUGCUCGGAAUGCUCGGAAAAGUGAACUGACCGACGCAAUCGACAAAGAUUGGCUGUAACCUGCAUUUCUUGUUGUUGUUGUUGGUCAAAAAAGGACAGGACAUGGCUUGUCUUUCUGCUCUCAAGUGUUGCUGUUUUGUUCUAUUGUUCUUUUGUUUGUCAGGAGCUUAGCUGCAAGUGUUCAACUAGUCUUUCUCCUCAAGUCACUUGUUAUUUUGUUCUCUUGUUCUCUUGUUCUUUUGUUUGUUAAGGAGCUUAGGCCAUUAACCAUGGCUGCAAGUGUGCAACUAGGUCUUAUUAUUUUGUUCUUUUGUUUGUUUGUUUGUUAAGGAGCUUAAGCCAUUUAACAUGGUUCGUCUCCAUCUCUAUCCAUGGUUCAUCCCCGGACGAUGAACGGAUUUCCCUUUUUUGUAGAGUCGUUGUUGUAUUGGAGACCGAGAUGACGAUGAAUGAUAAGCUUAGGCUCUUUUUAGUAGCAACA